AUGUAUGCUGCAGGUGUAGAUGGCGGAUAUGCUGCAGAUGCCCUGGCCAAUAUUCAACGGCGAUACUUCAAGCAAUAUCCAGUCAGUCUCCCACAUGAUGAAGAGCCCAGUGAAGCGCACCUGGCAGCUGUUGACGACGAUGCACCCGAUGAGGACUUGCCAGCUCCGAAUGAAGAGACCCUUGGUGCAGAAGAAUACACCACUGCUGUGAGGCAGAUGGAGGAGCAGACAAAGACCAUUAUCUCUCGUAAAGCGCGAAUCAAGCAUUGGCUGGCCUACCAAUACAUGAAAGACCAUGAUAUUGAUCCUAAAGAAUCCAGGGCGCAUAAUCCAUAUGUGGUCCUGCUGCAGCAGCUCACAUGCUCAAUCAUUGAAGAAGAAGUGAAGCAGUGUGCUAUUCAGGAAGGGACUACCAGAAAAAACCUUGCUGCGCUUUGGGAGUCGGUCGCCAGGAUGAUGUUUGAGAAGUUGGAUCAGGAGGAAAAGGACCAAUGGGCAGCGCAAGCAAAGGAGGAGCAUGAACUGGCGAAGGCCAAGCACAAGGAAGACCUUGAGGCACGUCCCUCAACUCUUCCUGCAGAUCGUCAGAGAUGCAUUCAAGGCUUCAUCCAUUUCAUGCAGCCCAUUGCCGAUCUUGCUGCUGAGGCACUUGGGUGGAAGGUGUCUGUCAUUGCAGGUGGACCAGAACCAGCGCACGAUGGGAGACUCAACAUGAUUAGCAUUCAUUCUGGGACAACAAAUGGUGAUGUCAAAAUGAGUUUUUGGUGUGCCGAACAAGCACGAUACAAGAAGUAUAUUGUCCCAAUAUUUGGAAGUUUCCUACAGAAAUGUUACACACUGGAAGAGUGUCAUUCGCAUGCUUUACCCCAGGAGGAUGGGUUCGAGCCACUUCAGGCAUUUGACCUUGCAGACAACAUAGACUUUGAUUCAUUCGAGCCCAAGAUGACAUCAGCAACUGAACCUUUAACGACUGGUUCACCUGGCCCGCCAUCAGCUGAGGCCCAAACGACUGGCUCAGUAUCUGCCUCUCUACCCUCUCUGCCUUCCACCGCCACCUCUUCUGCUUCUAUGACCGAAAAUUCCAACUCGCAUUCAUCAACCCCAUCUCAAACAGAGACGCAACAAGCCACCGUAGCACCUGCCUUGGGUGUCCCCCCUCCAGCCCCUACUGCAACAGAUUCUAUGACAGCCCAUCCUCCUGUUGCCGCCACAUCCUUAGCUACCCCAAUAGCUGGUCAAGCAGCUUCUCAAAUGGUGUCACCUCUGGCAUCCCCACAACCGUCUCCACCACCAUUGCGUGCCCCUUCACCUGUGCCAAGCAUCGCAGAGCCAGACACACAUGUGGUGGCCUCUGACCUCCAGAAGUCGACGACAGAGGAAUUGUUGGGGAUGCCCGCCUCCCGCAAGAGGAAAGGACGCUCACGGACCACUACAUUGGAGACUGAGGAUUGCGCUGUCGAGAGUGCUGGAACUGGAGCCGCUUGUAACGGGACUGGGAAGGGCACUGCGAAGAGGAGGAAAUCGGGUCAUGGUACUGGGGCGACAGGAGUGAAGAGGAAGAGGAAGACUGCAACCACACCUGUCACCUUGUCUCCAACAGACAGCACAGGCAUUGGGACAGCUGCCAAGCCUCUGCAAGCAUCAAAAUGUCUCCAUGGCAGUGGCACCAUUGCAUCAGGUGUAGACACGAGUGACGCCCCCAGCACAGUGACAUCAACACAAGCUCCAAAGCUCUCGAAGUCAGCCAAAUGUCCUCAGAAAGCCAUGUGCACCAAGACCAUCGCAACCGCACCACCGCUGGACACCUCCACAGGCCAAGUCGUCGCCCAGGCAGAUGCACCAGACUGGUUCAUGUCGACAUUGGGAAUGCUCCAAAGCGAGUACUCGGACGAGAUAUGGACCAAAUUGGUAAAGACCUGGUUGGCCUUCGAGCAGCAGGAGGGCUACACCAAGAUUAAGUAUCUGGGUUGUGACUCACAGCCAGCUGCUGUCAAGGAGUGGAUUGCAUGA